GCAGAAUGAGACCAGACCAGACUGGACCAGGCCAGACCAGGCCAGACUCUCAACAGGACUCCCGCGCCCCUCUUUUGUUGCUCCCGUUUUUCAAAUCAUGCCGGCGUUGGCAUGGCUCCUUUGGGCUCUGGUUCGUGGUACGCUGGGGGGGCCGGUUCAGUUUGCAACAUGGCCGGAACUUGGAGUAAAUCCGGUGAAGACCAAACAGGAAGACGCCCCGCGCGCUCCGUUCUACCGCCUGCCCAUGUUCGUGCACGCACCUGGGCCACUGGUGGCGCGAGAACUGUUCCGGCCGGUUCUUCAUAAAAGUCCGUUUCCCGCUCGACUGACUGCGCUGCUGUUACCGACCUUGAGGAGACCACAGGCCGUCCAGGGCACGGACGCGCGCCCGGUGCAGGUCAAGUGCGGCUUCCAUAACUUCUCCGUGCGCGUGGACCGCUUCCAGCUGCGCUCGUGGACCGACCCAUCCCUGUUCCGACUAGGCUCGUGCGAAGUCAGCAGGGUCAGCCCCCACUUCCUUUACUUCCACUUCAGACUGACGGAGUGCGGCGGAGAACAGAAGGUUGUUGGUGGUCAGCUGGUGUAUACCUAUAUGCUGUUUUAUACUCCACCGCCCCAAGGCUACGUCAUCAGAGUUAUACCUCUUAAACUUCCCAUCCAUUGCCAUUACAACAGGUUUCAUUACUCUUACCAAGUUGGCUACAAACCUCAAGUUCAGCACACAACCUUUAUGAAGAGCAUCAGGACCAAACUCAGCUACAGCCUCACCGUCUGCAAUGCCCAGGGGCAGCCCGUCUCUCCACACCACUGGUUCCAUUUAGGGGAGCCAGUGUACUUUGUUGCCCAGGCAGGAGUUCUGUUGGCUGGGGAGAGGCUUUAUGUGGACUCGUGCUAUGCCACAAGCGCCAAAGACCCAAACAGCAUGCCCAAAAUGGACAUCAUUGCUAACCAUGGCUGCAUGACCGACAGCAGGAGGGGGGGCAGCCGCUCCCAGUUCCUGACGGGAGGGGGCAGUGUGGUGAUGUUCUCUGUGGAUGCCUUUCUCUUCACAGCAGUCUCACAAGUGCUGUACCUCCACUGUUCAAUGUCAGUUGGUCUCACCCCUUCCCACACCUCAAAGUCCUGCAAUUACCACAAGGCUGCUGGCAGGUGGGAGGAGCUGGAGGCCACAGCCCCAGUAUGCGCUUGCUGUGAUUCCAUGUGCUCAAACGUUCAGGACUCUAUCAAGAACACAGUCAGCAGUCCAGGCUGGCUCAUCAGACAAAGAGAUGAACUAAAACCAAGGAUGGCGAUGGCAUCUUUUCAAGCAGAGGAGGGAAUAGAAUGGGUGGACGAGGAAGAGAAGAGGGACGAAAGAAAGGAUGAGCACCAUAAAAAAGUCCAGACUUUUCCAUGGGAGACAGAGAUUGGCCAUGAGGAGGAAAAUGAUGAAGCCGUUCCUGAGAAGAUUGCGGAGGAAAUAAAAUGGAAGUACAGUGCUGCAGUCAGCCAGCAGGAGGAGGGGGAAAAGGAGGAGGGUGAGACAGAAGAGGUGGUUAUGGGAACAGAAUUGGCAGCAUAUGACAUUAUGUCUGACCAGAUGAAACCAGAGGAGGCCAUGGAGGAUGUCCAUCAUACCAAACAUGGUUCUGUGAGUAGUUUGUCCAGGGUCAACAGUAGCACCAAUGAGUCAAGAGAUGAAUCUGGUACCUCUGUUACAGGAAAUUCCAGUCUUGGUAUUGAAUAUAAUGCAAGUAACCCCGGUUCUGCUGAAACUGUUUCCAGAGCUGUAAUUCCUAACAUUAAACUCUGUCCUAACGGUGAUCAAAUGAGUUGUAGUGCCACUAUUAAUAGUUCAGGAAACGGUGCCAUGUUAACUGCUUUUGGUGCAGAGAGCUUUACCCCCAAUAAUGAUAGAGCUACAUCUGGCACCAGUUCUCCUUUGGAUUCAAGAGUCAAUGGAAGUCAACGUGGCAGCAGAUUUGAGACUUUAGCUUGGACACGUUCUGACACCGGAGACUUUGAACUUGGCCCCCCAGGUUUUCUUAAUGUCAGCAGGUCAGGAAAUAGCAGGCUGGAGUCAGAGACGUUAGACAGUCUCCUGUGGUCAGAAGAAGUUAAGUCUGUGGGUAACUCAGUGGAAACCAAAUCCAAUGAGCUAAAAGGCCAAGCAGGUGAUUCUGUUAACAGUAAAGGACCAUAUGGUGAUGAUGAUGAUGAUGAUAUGCUUCACGGUCUACAGAUCAGAGGGUUAGAAUCAGACCAGUCUGCUGUUCAUUCAGCUGAUUUCACAGACUCGACCUUUACAAACUGGUUACUUGGGAAGUCUGAUUUUGAUUCUGGAAUUGAAGAAGAUGAAGCUCUUUAUCCGAGUCAGUUUACUGUAGCAGUGAAGACACAAGGGCAGAAAGAAGUACAAGACACCAUUACAAGACCACGCAGUUUUGGUUCAGAGGAAACGCAUGAAGACAGCCCCAGUCACUCUGCUGUGGUGGCUGUCACCAAUGCACUGCAAGGCUCUGAGAGCAGCCAGAUGUUUGACAGGGAGUGGGCGCCCGGAUGGGGCCUGCAGACUUUAGGGUUUGUGGUGGAGAAGCCAACAGAGGAGUUGGCAAAGGAGCAGAUGGAUUACUCCUAUUAAGAUUGUAUUCUCUGAGGGGGUUGACGUUUCCACAAAGCAGUAAUGUGACAAAGGUAUGGUGUUGGAGCAAGAGAUUGAAAUACUCCUGUGCGGUCAAAUCAUAUUCAACAGCCCACCAAAGAUUUAGUCAUCUAUCUCUUCUAAUUAAGCUUAUCGGGCUCAAAAAGACCAGGAACUUGUAUUAUUCAGAGAUUACAUUGGGUGUUGAAUUGUUGAGGUAUUUUAAUAUACAAAGUGGGGGCAGGUCGGAUUGAGGAGCUGUUGACGGUCACAGUGGGGUCAUGACUUCAAUCCAUACACGGAGCAUCAGCUGGAGGAAAUGAAACACUUCCUGAUUAGCAGACAAUCUCAUCAGACUUUCUCGAUUUGUGGAACCUCAAACAUUGGAACCUCUCUGUAAAUUUCAAGGACCAUGAACAGCUGUGGAACUCGUGAACUGCUCACAUGGAGAAGGCCAACUUGUUUGGACCGGAGCAGAACAAUAUAGUUGCAGAACCUGGUGUUCAGCUGUCUGAUUCCAUGUUGAGAAAUAAUAAACCAAGCCC